AUGGCAGCCUCCUCUGUCGACGUGCCGGCACUACAGGAGCCUGCUGACCUGGAAGCCGUCGACCUCGAUAGCCAAUCUGAUACGUGCUCCACCACUUCCAGCUUCAGUGUUCGUGUGGGCGAUGACGUAAGCAACGCGGUGCCCAAGCGUCUCGAGAGCCCGGGGACACACGAGCAUGCAGAGGCAGCACUUCAUCUCACCUCUGACUUGAAGAGUUUUAUCAACACUUGCAUCGCCUUCCUCGGCUCCGGAGUGUUGGGCUUGCCCUACGCAUUCCGCAAAUGCGGCAUUUUGGUGGGUUUUGUGACGCUAGUUGGAGUAGCUGCAGUGAGCACGUACGCCAUGAUGCUCGUGGUGCAAUGCAAAUACAAACUGAAGCAACAGGGCAAGACUGUCACCAAGUAUGGAGAGAUCGGAUACUUUGCGAUGGGUCAAAUGGGUUCAGCCAUUGUCAACACCGCUCUCGUCAUCUCGCAGACUGGAUUCUGCAUCGCUUAUUUGAUUUUUAUCGCAUCCAAUGCGCACAAAUUCCUGGACGUAUCGAAACAAUUGGUCGUUUCGGUGUGUGUGCCGCCGCUUAUUGGGUUUACUUUACUAAGGCACAUGAGGGAGUUGGCCUAUGUGGCGCUCCUCGCUGAUUUCAUGUGCAUCCUUGGGCUGCUGGUGGUGCUCAACAUCGAUUUGGGCUACAUGGAUAUAAAUCACGACUACAUUGAGCCUAUAGGCGUGGUGUCUGCCAUUCCGUUCUUCUUCGGAGUGGCGAGUUACUGUUUCGAAGGGGUGGGAAUGGUGUUGCCGCUGGAGAAUUCGAUGCGCAACAAGCACAACUUCAUGCCGAUUCUCGUGUGCACAGUCGUGAUCAUCACGUCGCUGUACGCCACGUUCGGUAUCUGCGGAUAUCUGGCCUUCGGUAACGACACAGACGCGGUUAUCACGCUUAAUUUCGAGGGAAGCGGCGGCUUGGUCACGCUCGUUAAGGUUUUCCUGUGUUUGGGACUCUUCUUCACGUACCCCGUGAUGCUGUUCCCGGUCUUUGAGGUGCUACAGCCAAUGGUGGCGUGUGGUAACAAGCUUGAGAACCCACAAACGACUCAGAAAAAGGGAAUUGUUCUCCGCGCUGGAGUUGUGCUGCUCACUGCGGUGAUCGCUGCCGGUGUUCCAGAUUUUGGUCGAUUUAUUUCGUUCAUCGGCUCGACGUGCUGCUCGUUAUUGGCUUUUAUCCUGCCUGCAUUCUUCCACCUGCGUCUGUUUAGUGACGAGCCCUCAACGUGUGGAAACCGGUUGCGCCAGGUUUUCCUAUGUGGAAUGAUGCUCCUAGGUUCUGUGAUGCUGGGAGCAGGGGUGGUCGAAGCAAUCAUCAGUGUACUCUAA